AUAACAAUAAAAAUAUAUCUUACAAACUACAAGUUAUUGCUCCGUGUAUAUUAUAAUAAGCAGCCCAGUUAAUAAUUUAUCUGUUGUUAUUUUUUUUGUUUUUGCGUAUCCACAAUUGAACGAAUAUCGGCUCAUUGAUAUUUUAUGCGACUAUAGUUAUUAUUUUUGUAUUGAACUAAUAGUCUAUGAACGACUAUUGUUUUCUUAUCAUUAUAGCACGUUCCGCGUUCGAUUUUAAAAGUGGACGCAGUUUCAAUAAUUAAAAACAGUCAUGUAAAAUUUCGUCAACAUGGAUAACAUAAAUAUCGUAUCGUCGGUCGCUAAUGGAUUCCAGUAAAAAUGAGUAUGAAUUUAAACUUUCUGAGAGAAGUAGCAUUAGUGUGCUUGUACUUAGUACACUAUUCACAGACAAACCUAAUGAACUUAUGACAAGCUAAUAUAGAAGUGGUGACAGAGAAGGAAUUGCAUGAUAAGUUCUAUAUUCCAGUUAAAAAAAUUGAUGAACAUGGAAAAUCUAUUAGUAUAUCAUGUUGACAUCGGCAGGUGGAUCACAUGUGAUUUUAGCAUGCUAAACAAAACUGUAGCUGAACUAAAACAGCAAAUUGAGAAAAAGACUGAUAUUCCUGUAAACAAGCAAGUGUUACUAGUCAGUGGCGGAGGGCAUUUAGAUCCAUCUAAACCUGUUUCGUGUUACUGUGCGGGUACUGAUACAAGCCCAUUUUUCUUGUUUAGCAAAUCACUAAUUGAUCACUCUGAUCCACCAACUGCUUAUUUUCACAACAGACCUGACAUUGAUUUUAUUAAAGAACAUCGUGGAACACAAGGGAUGAACCCUACAAUUGAAGCAUUAAAUGUACGAGUUACUUUAGCUCAACAAUAUAAUGAAAAUGCCCAAUACAAUUUGAAUUGUAUAGAUAUUUUGAUUAACGAUCAACACAUGAUGCAUCAAGGUUGGUCAGCGGCUGUGGCAAAUAUGCUUGAUACCGUAGAAAAGUUCAAAUUUAAAGCUGAAAUAUUUGAAAAUGAUUUCAAACGUUACCUAGAGGGUCGAGAAGAGAGCAUGAAUUUACUUAACAAUUUCAACAACAUAUUGUCAGAAAUUGCCAAAAUUCCUAUGUUACCUGCUCUAUUAGAAAAUAAUGCGGAAGAACGAGCUCAUAUGGAUUUGUCAACAGUCAGUAUGAAAAAUGUAAACCAAUCACUACUUGAAUGGGUAACUGCCCGAGAAGGAUUACACAACUUCGAACAUAUAGUAGAACAUUGUGAGCAUAGUCUCAAGCAGUUUGAUGAGAGUAUGUUGAAUGCUGUUCUACAAGAAGUAACGGCAAUGAACAAUAUCUCUAGUCGUAGCGAUUGCUCUGAAAUAAAAGGAUUAGAACACAGAUUAUUUAAACUUGCCCAAAUGAUGGAUGAAAGUAAACGACUCGCAGCUGAACAAAGCAGUCUCUACGAAGCUAUAAAAAUGAAUCACGCUAAAGCAGCCAAUGAAGGUGAUGUAUCUGUUAUAAGUGUGCUUUUAGCAUCUCACGACAAACAAUUAGAAAUGAUGAAUAAAAAUAAUUUAAGAUUAUGUGACAUAAGAAACAGGAGCAUCAGAGCCAAACAAGAACUUUGUUACAAUUUACACCCACGUUUAAAAUGGCUAAUUGUGGUAGAAAACAAAGUUAGUGAUGUUGAAGCAAUAAUGUUGCUGUACAGUGACAGCAUAAAAUUAACACGUGAAUAUUUGGAUGUAGUGGAACAAUUAAAUAACACACCGAAGCUAUAUUUUAAUGCUGUAGCUGAAGUAGUCAGAAGGCGUAUAUUUUCCCAAGCAUUACUUAUUUGGUCUAGUGAUCUUGCUUGUCAUAUGAUUGCCCGUCAUUCAGAUGAAAUAGCUAAACGUAAAAAUUUUCAUUCUCAAUUUGAAGGACACUUUUUGAAUCCUUUGUUUCCUGGAUUAGAAGAUAUGCCACCACCGUUUGCAACUCAAGCGCCUUCUAUAUUUGAUAAUAAUUUACCUAAGCUUUGUCUGGAAGAUCUAGAUUUAUUAAUCAAACAACUUCCUCGUAUAGCUAAUAUAAUAUCAGUACCAAAUUUCAAUGCAAUAACACAAUUUUUUCUAUCAAAGUCAAUACUUGAGGAUGGUACUUUGGCAAUUGAAGGCAAUAAUGAUCAUAAAUCUGUGGCUAUGGAAACGAGUAAUGUUAUGAUAUCAAAUAUGGACAUAAUUGAAGAAAAGCUAAAUGAAGUAAUGACUGCAGUUGGUCUUGGAUCAUGCCAAGUUGAAAUGCAACAAGAAACAGAAGUAGUCAAAAGAACACAUUCUGAAAUGGAGAAUGAUAGUUACAGUCCAGAUAGUAGUUCUAUGGUGCCUCAUAAGUAUAUUGGGAGUCAAAAUGAGCAUGCUAUUCAAAUACUUCAAAACAACCUUUACACUCUGGGAAAUGUUGCAAAUAAUUCAAUUAAAUCGUUACGCUCAGAUUUAAAUGAGUUUAAACAAUAUUUUGUUGAUCAAAACUUGGAAAUGGACAUGUUAACCAACGAUUUACAACUAAAAUAUAACAUUCAAAAUACCCAGCUUCGUCAACUUAUGCAAUAUGUUCAAGCAAGUAACCAUAAGAUGAGUCAAAUGAGGAAUCGAAUGAAUGAGUUGGAAUCUUUGUUAGAAAUUCACAUAAAAAAUGAAGAACAUGAACGUCAAUUACGUUUAAGACUUGAAAGUGAAAGAGAUGAGUGGAUGCAAAGAGAAUUGGAACAUGCUCGAAAAGAAAUAUCUAAUGAGUUGACAAUGGUGCAUAAAAAAGAACUUGAAAUGAUGCAAGUACGAUUUAAACUAGUCACUCAGGCUACAAAUAUGGAACGUAGUUUAAGUGAACAGAGUUUAGAAAAGAACAAGCUGAGACAUGAUGUAAUUGAGCUUGUCAACCAUGAAGCAAUGAUGGCACAGCUAAAAGAAGACCUACUAUUAGAAAAAGAACAAGCCAUUCAAGAAGUUCAGCGAAAUUGCGAACAAAAAAUUGCUCGAGAAAGACAAAUGAUGCUAAACAAAUGUGACGAGAAAAGGGAUGACCAAAUAAUUUCACUUUGGGGUGAUAAAAACCGAACAUCAAAAUAUUUUAAGGAAAAGAGUGGAAAUGAACUUAAAUCAACAAGUAAAUUUGGGCUGACAGCAAAAUCAAACAGCAUUGCAAUUUCAGAUUGGGAACUUGACAACGUUUCAGCAACUAAUAGUGUUUUUGUUGAUCUCAGCAAAAGUUCCAGUUCUGAAUCUGAAGAAGGAAAACUUUCAAUUAGCUCAUGUAAUGUUGGCGAUUUUGUUUUGGUUAUGUGGGACGCUAUGUAUAAAAACUAUGUUGUGUAUCAAGAGAACAAAAAGACUUUAGUCUUCUUACAUCCAGACAGUAUAGAUUCAUUAUCAUUAAAGAUUAGUUCGGAUGAAAUCCCAACUAUACACCAUUUUUCCGCUGAAGUAUUACAAAAAGAAUAUUGUCAAGCAGUGAAAGAGGAAAAUAGAUAUAAAGUACCUAAAGGAACAAAAUUUUACAGAGUUAAAAUACAAUUGCUAAAACCACCAAAUCCCCCUAAACGGACAGUGUCGCUAUCAGAUAGUUCAUGUCUCUCCGUGACGUACGUCCAAUAAGAAAUCAAACAAAUUUUGUAUAUUGUGAAAACGGUUUUGGUUAAUUAAUAAUUUAUUUAUACUUUUAUAUAUUUUAAAUUGAGUAAUAUUAUGGAUUACAUAUUUUACUAUUAAAAUAUCGAAAACAAAACUAUCAAACUAAAUGAUUUUAAAUAUUAGACCCAUCACAAGUUGUAUUAUACUCAAUUUUCGUUUAGUUUUGAAAUGUAUUAU